CACAACACAAAAGUCCAAAAGAGUAGGAAACAGCCAAGAAAAACAACAAGAAAAGUGGAUUUUGACUCUGAAAAGUCGAGAUUUUUAAUCAUCUUUCUGCUCAUUUAAUCAAUGGUGUAUGCACCCAACACCCAUCAAUAACAUUAACCCACCCAACAAAAAACCACGGUCCCCUUCAUUUAAUGCGUUUCUUCAAGAAUCAAGAUUUCGACUCUGUGAUCGCCUAAUUUUCCCCUUUUUAAAACACACACAUUUCAAGAAGAUUUCACAAAACCCAACUAGAAUAAUUGGCCUCUGAGAGUUUUAAAGAUUUUGUCACUUAAAUCAUGGGAAACUGCUGUGUCACCCCUGGUAAAUCAGCUAACAAGAAGAAGAAACUCAACAAACCGAACCCGUACGCAAAUGCCUAUCGACCGAAGCCCAAUUCUGGAGCCGGGUUCAAACUUUACGUCUUAAAGAACCCAACGGGUCAUGACAUCACACAGCGUUACAAUCUGGGACGCGAGCUAGGAAGAGGUGAAUUCGGGGUAACAUAUUUAUGUACCGAUUUAGAAACCGGUGAAAGAUUCGCCUGCAAAACAAUAUUGAAGAAAAAACUUAGGACUUCAGUCGAUAUCGAGGAUGUGCAAAGAGAAGUUGAAAUCAUGAAACAUUUGCCUAAACAUCCUAAUAUUGUGACCAUAAAGGACACAUAUGAGGAUAAUAAUGCUGUUCACAUAGUGAUGGAGUUGUGUGAGGGUGGCGAGUUGUUUGAUCGGAUUGUAGCCCGGGGACAUUAUACAGAACGCGCUGCCGCUGCUGUUAUGAGGACAAUAGUGGAAGUUGUUCAGACCUGUCACAAGCAUGGAGUUAUGCAUCGCGAUCUCAAACCGGAGAAUUUUCUUUUCGCAAACAAGAAAGAAACCGCUGAUCUCAAGGCUAUUGAUUUUGGGCUUUCGGUUUUCUUUAAACCAGGUGAAGUGUUCAAUGAAAUAGUUGGAAGUCCUUAUUAUAUGGCCCCAGAGGUUUUGAAAAGGAAUUAUGGCCCCGAGGUUGAUAUAUGGAGCGCUGGAGUUAUUUUGUACAUUUUGCUUUGUGGUGUUCCGCCUUUCUGGGCAGAAACCGAACAAGGAAUAGCUCAAGCAGUUAUUCGAUCAGAAGUUAAUUUCAAAAGAGAUCCAUGGCCAAAAGUUUCCGAAAAUGCCAAAGAUCUUGUGAAGAAAAUGCUUGAUCCCGAUCCAAAGCGUAGGAUUACAGCUCAACAAGUUCUUGAACACCCGUGGUUAGUCGAUGCAAAGGCGGCUCCAAAUGUCUCGUUGGGCGAGGUUGUAAGGUCAAGACUUAAACAGUUUUCAGUGAUGAACAAGUUCAAGAAACAAGCUUUAAUAGUGAUAGCCGAACAUUUAUCAGUCGAUGAAGUGUCAGGAAUAAAGGAGAUGUUUGAUAUGAUGGACACAAGCAAAAGAGGCAAGAUAAAUCUUGAAGAACUGCGCGUCGGUUUACAGAAACUUGGACAGUUGGUAAAUGAUGCAGAUCUUCAAGUGUUAAUGGAAUCCGUUGAUCUUGAUGGAGAUGGUACACUAAACUAUAAUGAAUUUGUGGCGGUUAAUGUGCAUCUUAAGAGGAUGGCGAACGAUGAGCAUUUACACAAAGCAUUUGGUUUCUUUGAUAAAAACCGUAGCGGUUAUAUAGAAGUUGAUGAGCUUCGCUAUGUGUUAAGUGAUGACGACGAGAAUGUUAACGGCAUUGAAGAAGUGAUCCACGCGAUUAUGCAUGACGUCGACACUGAUAAGGACGGGCGCAUUAGCUAUGAGGAGUUUGCUGCUAUGAUGAAAGCGGGAACCGAUUGGAGAAAAGCGUCUAGACAAUAUUCACGAGAGCGUUUGAACAGUCUCGGUUUAAAGUUAAUGAAGGAUGGUUCAUUACAGUCCAACUGAGUUGAAUUUACAGGACAAGUAGGUUUUGUAGAAAUCAAAUCUAAUGUACAAAUAAGAUGGUAAAGGUUAUGUUGACUUUGACUUUGACUUUACUAGAGUUGACUUUUGACUUUAGAUAGGAUUAGUUACACUAUGUUUUGGAUCAUUGAGGUUGAUCAUAUUACUAAAAUCAUGGCUAUAGCCUA